GUGCAAGGCCUGACAAUGGCACCGAAUGAGUGCUGCCUUCAAGCUUCCUUCCUGUAAAUGAUAGGACCAAACAAGGCGGUGUGAUGAACAUGCCACUGCAUCAAAUCUCUGUCAUUCCAGCUCAGGAUGUUACCUCUUCCAGAGUCUCCAGGAGCAAGACCAAAGAAAAAGAGGAACAGAAUGAGAAGGCUUUGGGGCAUUCUGUGAGUCGCUCUAGUAACAUCUCAAAGGCUGGAAGUCCAACCUCUGUGUCUGCCCCUCAUAGCUUCUCUCGGACUUCCGUUACACCAUCCAGCCAGGACAUCUGCAGUUCCAGUGCAGUGUUUUCUGAGUGUUGUCAUCACAGUCCGGUACAGUCUGCUGUUGUCUUGAAAAAUCCUCACUGCCAGAGCCCUCUGACACAAGGGGUCACUGUGACACUAAUCUGUCAGGACACAUUACGUGCAGCAAAGAGAAACUCCUGUGGGCAGGAUCGGGGCCAGGCACUCAGGUCUACUAAGAAUGUAAAGCCCACCCGCACUCUGAAAUUCUCCAAGUCCCUCAAUGACAUGGACCAGAAGGCACAGAGCACCACAGAGUGCUUUGAAUAUGUGGAGCGAACACACUCAGAAGGCAAAUUGAUCCCGACUCAAGAGCAGUGUUUAAGGAUUAACAAAUUUCAUCUUAAAGAGAGGAAACUACUAAAUCUCAGGCCUCUUUCUUUUAGCAGUUCUAAGCACUCCCACAUCCCUUCCCUUUCCAACUACUCGUGUGCAUCGGGAGGAGCAGAGAACCACAGCGCUGUGCAUAUCCCCUUGCUGGAGGACAAAGUGGACUAUGAUACCUCAAGGAGCAAAAAACUGUUGCGUUACCUUUUUUCCUUCUCCCACACCUCCAGCACCAACAGCCUGCAUAAGUUCCAUGAACUUGAGAGUUAUUCCAGUCACUUCCAAGCUGAGAAAUCCUCCAGCAUGCUGGUGGAAAGCACAGACUUCUGCUCUGAUGAUAUGGGAGAUGAUGACGUCUUUGAGGACAGCACCUCAGUGAAACUGAAAACAAAAGAGCAGCGGGCACCACUCUGUUCAGUUGAGAAGGACAGUGACCUUGACUGCCCUUCGCCCCUCUCAGAAAAAUUCCCCUCUCUCUCCCCUGUGUCCACAUCGGGGGAUACCUGCAGGAUAUGUCACUGUGAAGGAGAUGAUGAGAGCCCUUUGAUAACCCCCUGUCACUGCACAGGAAGUCUUCAUUUUGUGCACCAAACCUGCCUGCAGCAAUGGAUUAAGAGCUCAGAUACGCGAUGCUGUGAACUGUGCAAGUACGAGUUCAUCAUGGAGACAAAACUGAAGCCUUUGCGAAAG